CCCUCGCUCCUCUCCUUCCCCUCGCUCUAAUGGCGGAAGCCCUCCUCAGGCGAGAGAUCGAAGAGAUCAAAACCCUAGCCGAUCGAUCCAUGGCUUACGCCGCCCUCCUCCACCUCCAGCACUGCUCCGCCGACGAUCCCUCCUCAAUGGAAGCCCUCUCCCUCUGCUCCCCUUCUCUCAUCCCUCUCCUCCUCUCCGACAUUCACCGCCAAGACGAAGAGAUUGCCUCCCAGGCUUUGAAGUGCCUCGGAUUCAUGCUGUAUCAUCCGUCAUUGGUUCCUACUUUUUCAGAGGGAGUUGCUCGUGUGGUUCUGGAGUCACUGGUAAAGCUAAUAAAGACCACUCGGAUGAAGGCUGUUUGCAACUUGGGGGCCUGGUGCAUCUCCGUUCAGCAAUUAGGUGCUGCCUUUGUGGAGUUCAGCAUAGACUCGUUACUGAGUGCUGUUGUCCAUGCCCUUGACAAUUCAUUUGGUUCUUUGUCCACCACAUUUGAGGCAAUGCAGGCUGUGAUGAAACUGGCUACUCAGCUUGGUGGACAUAUGAGAGACAUGACCAACAUUUGGGUUCCACCAGUAUAUAGAAGACUUAUUAGCACUGAUAAGAGGGAGAGGAAUAUGGCAGAGAGAUGCCUCUUGAAGACUAAAUCUAUCAUAUGCCCCCCUCCACUGCUUCUUUCUAAGGCAGUUAUAUUAGACCUUAAGCAAAAAUUGAUUCCAAGUAUGAUGGAUGGCAUCCAUGAUCAUCGGCGGAAGGUUCACAUGAUCCAAGCAUGGGGAUGGUAUAUCCGCUUGCUUGGUUCUGAUGCACUGAGUGAUAGACAUCUGGUCAAUAAAAUGUUGAAAAUCCCUGAGCAAACAUUUAGUGAUCCUGAUCCACAAAUCCAGAUUGCAUCAUUGGUUGCCUGGGAAUGUUUGGUUGAUGCACUCCUUCCACUUCAAACAAUUGAUCUUUUGAUGAAGACACCUCAAGAUGUGAUUCAACGAACUGGACCUACACCAUCUACUGCUUCCUGGAGACUCUGUGAUGAUAAAAUUAACUGUUUAUUAAAAAGAAUUAAAGUCAUGAUGAUGCCCUUACGAGGAAUCAUAUCAAGUAAAUGUGACAUAUCUGUUCAUUCAUGUUGCCUGAGCACAUGGCACUAUCUUCUCCAUAAAAUCGAUCUUGUAAUUAACCAUCCUUCAGUUAUACAAGCCACCCUUUGGCCAAUUCUUAAAGCAGUAUUUUCCAGGGGACCUGAUCACCAAAGCAUUGGUUUAUGGACCUCAUGUGUUGAUCUGCUUGAUGAGUUUGUCUUGUCAAAAGUAAAAGUUGGAGAAAUGGCCAUGACUGCGGAGGAGCAUUCAGAUAAUCUGGUAAAUAAAUGUACUCUAGCCGGAUCAUCCAUAAACUGUAAAACCUCAUGGAAGGACUUUCCAGUUAAAUGGUUACUUUGGGAUAUUUGUAACUUAGACCUCCUCCUAGAGAUGAUUGGCACAAUUGUCAGUCCAAAACUAAUGGAGACUGUGACAUCUGAAAAUAGAAUUCCGGCUUUCAAUGCUGCCUUAAAGAUCUUCAGAUCAGUAUUGCAGGGUGUUCAACUUGAACUUAAGAGGCUGUCCGCUCAGUAUGAUUGGAUCCAAAUCUGUCUUAAAACUAUUUUUAAGUUCACAAAGGAGGUGUGUGAAAAUAUAAAUUUAGAAGAAAAUGCUAACCAAUUGUUAUGGACAGGUCUGGAGUUUGUAAAGGUUAUCAGGGAAGAGCUAGAAACUUCUAUCCUGGCAUCCCCACUUUAUCGGGUCAGUUUAGAUCUCAAGUACAUCCAUGAUUUGCAAUGCUCUGAAACUAUUGAUUAUCCAAAUGUAUCAAGUCUUGGAGUGGGAUCUCUUGCUUACAUGGAUAUGAUUUCUCCAAUUGAUUACACAACCAUAUUGUAUCUCUCUGUGAUUGCUCAGUUGGUCCUAGAAAAGUCAGAUAUGGAUGGUAUUAUACUUGCAAUGGAACACUCAAAUAUUUUAUUCUGUACAGUAAAUCCCCUAAUCAAUUUGCACGCCAUUGUCUUCUUUCUGUACAUGCACCUAGGAAAGCCUGUGCAUGGUAGGUUAUCAUGGUUGCCAGUAUGGAAAUUCAUUGCAAAGGGCCUGAAGGAGCAUGUUGAUGGGGUUAAUGAUCUUUCUCACUUGACAACUGAUGGUGCCAUUGCUACUUAUGAUGCAGUUCAUUGGUUCUUGUCUUACCCCUUUCUCAUUCUUCUCUUUCCUGAGAAGGUUUUCACCUCUGGAAGUAAUGGUAAACCCUCAGAGAAAUGGCUGAUUUCUUUAGAGAGUGAACUUGAGUUGGAACCUGUGAUUGAAGCAUGGAAGUCACUUUUUGAUUCUUACAGUCACGCCUCUCAGAUUUUGACUUGUUCCAUGAACAAUUUUACAGAAGGUCUAUGUGAACUUUUGGCAAGAGUGCACGAUGAGAACAUCGGUAUAUUGCAGGACAGUAUUGAGUCCUUGAAGUCAAAACCUCAGAAAAGUGUUACCGUUUCUGUAUAUGGUGAAGUAGUCAUACAUAUGUUGAAUCAUAUCCAGGUUUUGGAUGUUGCAAUUUCAGAGUCAAAAGUAUCCAACAAAGGCUCUGAUAAUAUUUCGCCAAAAAACAAAGGCUCUGAUAAUUGUAGGCAAUGCAGCUCCAUCAAGAAUAGCUUGGGGCUUGCUGCCAGAUUUUUGGGCUUAUCGCUAACAUUUAUGAAAAAAAAUUCACUAGUGGAGCACGAAGUUAUUAGUAGGGUUUUCACAACCAUGGCUAGUUUUGUAGGUCAUCUUGUGUUGAAGCAAGAUAUUCUUUCAUUCUUGGAGAUAACCUCUGAACCAUUGGCUCAAUGGCCGUCUUUUUGUGCUCUCAUAUGUGGCAAGAUGCACCAAGGAAACACUAUUUGUCAACUUCAGCGCUUCUGGGCGCAGACUCUAGCUUGCUUGCAGAGAAGUCAACCAUCAAUUGUUUUUGAUUCAUUAUUCCUUAAAGACCAAGUAUCUCUCCUCCAGACAGCUCUUGAUCACCCACACCCGCCUAUUUCAGGCUGUAGCAUUGCAUUUUGGAAUGCCACAUAUGGUCAGAAAGGAUACAUGGAAUACCCUCGUUGUUUGCUCCCAGUGUUAAACAAAUUGUCAAGAAGUGGAAGAAUAAAUCUUCCAAAGAACAGCCCGGUUAUUUUUGCUAAAAAUGGCUGUCCGCUUAAAGAACCUAGAGAUGCAUCACAGAGAUACGGAGAGCUCAUGCUGCAGAAGAGGAACCCUGAACUAGAUAACACAGAGGAUCCGGAGAAUGAUAAUGGAUACAUUGACAUUGUAACUAAGGGUUUAAGAAUAAAAAGGCUGAAAAUGUCUAAGCACCAAAAGAAGCCAGGAGGACAUCAAGAAAGAGUUCAGGGUAUUCAUGUUCCUGGCCCUGAGGUGGAUGUGGGUUUUUGUCAGAUGUCUAAGCAUCCACAGGGAAAAAAAGAGCUUAGAAAGCCAGAGCACAUCUUAGAAAUGCUUAAAAGGGCAAGCUUCCUGUGAAAGGGCAUUCCAUUAUGCUCAGAUCAAAUUCAGUGGUUCACCGUCCUCGGCUUUCAAAAAACACCCCAUAUGCCUGCAGGCCUCCAAAGCAGUGGGUUGUUGGAUGCUUUUCUUUCAAGCUGAAGACACAUGAUGCAGGUGAUUGCAAGGAAUAUUUAUUCUCAAUGUUUUUGUAGGAAAGAUUAAGUGAGGAUCUUAUGAGAAGCAUUCUUUCAGAAAAUUUUGCAGCAAUAUUUAUAACACUUAUGGUACAAAAGAAUAUUAGUCUGAAUCUCUGAAUUACACACAUUGAUAGGGAUUGUGUUAUUUUUGCAGUAUAGUUAAAUUUAUGUUGAUCUGCUGCCGUGAAUAGUCUUUUUUUUUUCCAAAGAGAGAGUUCGUAAGUUUUAAAAGAAUGCACUUGCAAAUGGCGAUACUUUUAGUUGUAUAGUUAACAUUGA